CGCACCGCGCUCAGUUAUAUGAGCGUAAGGAAGCGAGCGAGCGCUAAUGCCAGUAGUCGUCGAUUUCUAACUAUAAGCAAAAUGGAUAGCUCGUGGAUAUACUGUGUGAUAUGUGCUCUCCUAAUAUUCUCAGAUGGAGCACACAGUCGUCGUCGACGAGAAGAGACUCAGGCAUGUGGAAACAAUUGGGUUGUCAUGCACCGCGCCUGCUACAAGUUUGACACCAGGAAGAUGUCAUGGGAGGAAGCCAGAAACGCCUGCAGACAAGAAGGAGGAACUUUAAUAUCCAUCAGCUCUAAUGCGGAGAAGAAAAAGGUUGUUCGGGAACUGAAGAAGAAGAUAACGAAAGACGACAUGUUGACGUGGUGGGUCGGACUCAGAUGGAACACCGACCUCAACAAGUUCAUCUGGCAGGACGGGGGUGCUUUCAGCAGGAGGACCACCCAAUGGGGACCUGGGGAGCCCAACAAUGGCCGAGGCAGGUCUGUCGAGCACUGCGUUGAAAUACGAUUUAAUGGCUUUCUCAACGAUAGAGCUUGUGACAUCCAAAGACCGUUCAUCUGCGAACGACAUGAGAUAACCCAACGACCUACAUUCCAAACGACCGUAGAAGCCGCCACGUCGACGAGUACGACCAUAGCUACGACCUCUGCAACUACAGCCUCCUCAACAACUACAACAACUACUACUUCUACUACAACAACCACACAGCAAGCAAUUACAACAAAAGUAACUGAAGAUCCAAGCACUGUGACACAGACAGAAAUUCAACCGACAACUCCACCCCAAACAUCCCCAAAACCAGAAUCAACGUCACGAGCAGAAACAUCCUCAGUUGUUGAAACAUCAUCUAAAACAUCAUCAAAACCUGAAACAUCAUCUUUUGCUGCUGAAACAACCCCAGAACCAGAAUCAUCAACUAAACCCGAAACGUCUUCACACUCGAUACCUUCAUCGACGACGUCCAAACCCGUCACGUCUACAUCUGUAACAACAACAACAUCAACGUUACCAAAGACGUCAAGUGUUCGUCCUUCAACUCCGAUGCCAAACUGGAGGACAACGUUAAGCGUUCUAACCAGCACCACCUGGGAAGAAAAGUUAUCUCCCUUUCAUGGAUGUUUUCAGCUGACUGAGAAUAACCAGCCCGUCAACAGUGACGGCAUGGCCAGCUCAGCGUUGAUGCAGCAAUAUAAGAAGGGUGCAGCCACAUGUCCGGCGGCCUAUGCCUCUAACAUGAACUGGCCUGAAACGGUCGCCGGAACAUUCGCUGAAAUACGAUGCAGAAGUGGCUCUGGCAUAGCAACAUGGAGAUGUGGCAGCAACCCAACCUGUUGGCGAGGCGAACCUAAUCUGGCCGGAUGUGCCUCUCCCAAGUUCAAAAAAAUUCUCAAAAAGGUGCUGGAGGCGUCUGCAGAGGAGGCGAACGAGGAGGAACAGGUCAAGAUGACCACAGCGCUGGUGGAGGUCACCAAGACGGAGGAGAUGUCCGUUGAGGACGUCAUGUUGACCUCCAAGGUCAUUCAGAGCCUCGCUACGCCGAGCAAGGAUAACAAACCUAAAGAUGAAAAAGCUGUCAAAAGUAUCGUCAAGAACGUCGUUAAAGCCGGCAGCAACGUUGUCUCCGAGAACAAGUCGUCCACGUGGGAAGAAAUGGCACCAGAGGACAAGGCAAGAUCAGCCUCCAAUCUCUUGGUUGCCAUAGAAUCGACAACCGUUGCCAUGGCAGCUGUCAUCGAUCAUCCGACUGUAAUUGAGGCUAAGGAUGAAAAUAUUGAUCUGGAGCUGCACGUGAUAGACGUGGAGAACAUGACGAGCGAGGUUCUUACAUAUGACGACGAGGGAUCAGACAACGUCAUCUCCAUCCCUGCAGGAACCCUUAAGGAACUGAGCAAAGGCGGCCUGGCCAGGGCAGUGUUUAUGACUCAUUACAAGAUGGCGGACCUGCUCGAGGAGAGGCCGAGUGCUACCGAUGAAAAACGAAAGAGCACGAAGAUAGCAAGCAGUAUUCUAAGCGCCUCAAUCGGAAGCGACAGUCACCGCAUCGUACAACUAUCGGAGCCUAUCACAUUUACCAUGAAACUAACGCAGGCUGUUCCCGAAGGUGUCACACCAAAAUGUUCUUUCUGGGAUAUAAGACAAGACAAUGGCUACGGUCGUUGGUCUCAAGAUGGAUGCCGUUUGGCCGGGACUAACAACACACACACCACGUGCAAAUGUGACCAUCUUACCAAUUUUGCUAUAUUGAUGGACGUCGAAGGGGUGGAGAUGCACACUGUGCACAAGAUGUUGCUGGAGUUCAUAACUCUGGUCGGCUGUAUCAUCUCUAUCCUCUGUCUCUUCGCCAGCUGGAUGACCUUCACUUGCUUCGGAUCUCUUCAAGGAGAAAGGAACUCCAUACACAAGAACCUGGUGGUGUGUUUGUGGGUGGCAGAGAUUCUAUUUAUAACGGGUGUCAGCAGAACGGAAAAUAAGCUGGCCUGCACCCUGAUCGCCGGCUUCCUGCACUACUUCUUCCUCUGCGUGUUCAUGUGGAUGUUCAUAGAGGGAAUCCACAUGGUCAUCAUGCUGGUGCAGGUGUUUGAUGCCGCCAAGUCACGCCUGCCUUACUACUACAUGACUGGAUAUGGUAUUCCCCUUAUAAUUGUCUCCAUAGCUGCGGGCUUCUACUACCAAGGCUAUGGAACAGACCAAUACUGUUGGCUGACAACAGAACGCUACUUCAUUUGGAGCUUCGCUGGUCCAGUUGCCUUGAUACUUCUGGUAAACGCCAUAAUCCUCACGUAUGCCAUGGUGAUGGUGUGUCGCCACUCCGAGUUCGUCCUCAACAGCAAGGAGAAGAACUCUGGCGGCAUGAGAACUUGGCUACAGGGUGCCUUGUCGAUGGAAGUUCUGCUUGGUCUCACCUGGACAUUUGGCUACUUCUAUAUCAGCCAGGAGACCAUCGCCCUGGCCUAUAUCUUCACCAUCCUCAACAGUCUCCAGGGACUCUUCAUAUUCUGUUUCCAUUGUCUCCUCAACAAGAAGGUGCUCAAGGAAUACAAAAGAAUACUCCACAUCAGCAAGAAGCGCCCCAGUGCCUCUACACAGUCCGCAUCACUGAUGCGCAAACAGAGCCAGUCGUGCGAGAUGUCAAGCAAGUCUCGCAAGGACUCCAGCUGCUGAUCCAAACCAUCGCUAGGACAAAGACGCGUGAAAGACAGUAGCCACAAGACACCACUUCUGUCAGGGUCGUAGACCAGGAUGCAAUCUACGAAUUGAUAACUUUACAUAAGAUGUCAGCUGAGUUGACCUCGUUGGCUAUCAUCUUCUUUAGUUUUUAUUUGGGAUGGAUAUAGGGAUCUGGAUAAUAUUAGAACACGCGUUUCAGCUACAAAAUCAAAAUCAAUCAUAUUUUAAUCUUUGUUUUGCUUUGUGGGCCGCCUUCUUCAAAGUGUACAGUCGGUCGACACUCAAGGAAUUGUAUUCAGACAUUUUCACGGGUUGAGUUUUCGAGCAGGAUACAUUGACUUUCUGAUUAUAUUACCCGACAGUGUUGACCUUUCCCAAUGAUACACAAUUGAUGUAGGUCAGAAACUUAUUGAGCUGUUGAAGUACUAAUGCUUCAAGGAUGUUGUCUUUCACACUUGCUGAAACUAACAGUUGACACGUGUGACAUGUACUAAUGCACUAAGAGAUCACUGCCAUGUAUAUAUAACUGUCUAUGCACUUACGCAUUGUAUUUGUCUGUCUGUGUUCGCCUAGGAACUGGCCAAAGCGACCAUAAGUCGAUAGACGGAGGUCUUUGAGAACGCAGACUUAGUUGGAGUCUAGAUCAUCAUUAUCGGUGCCACUGAACAAUGUAAAGAUCCUUUCGCUGCUCAUGUGAUCAUAUUUAAAUCAUGAAGAUUGACAUGAGCAUAUAGAAGUAAACAAGCCCUCCAAGAGGAUACAGUGGAUCUGGGCCAUGUUUUACAAAGCGAUUUUAGUGUGGGAAUAACGGUCAUCUUAGCGGCAAGGUCGCUAUGUAAAAAGGAUGACCUGAGGUCCUUUUCAUGGGCGAUCUUAGUGGUAUGACUGCCGUUAGUCAAUAUUAAAGUAUAGGAGUUACGAUUGUCUUAGCGCUAAGAUUGUUCCGUGGAACGAUGCCCUGAACUCAUUCUGGGAUGCAUUUCGUGAUAGUGAAUAUAUCAACUAACAAAGCAUGUUGACAAAGUAUUGCCAUGCAGUAUUCCAUAGCAAAUACUCGUUGUAGAGUCUGUUGUAGUGUUUAGCAAAUGUUCCGUCACCAUCAAUGGUGUGUUUUAAUCAUAUAGUAAUAUGUACAGGGUAUGAAUCUGUUUGUAGUCGCAUUGUUUCAUGUGUAUAUAAAUGACAAUCAAUGUCAGUAAGUUAUACUGAUAGUUGACAGUGGAACCUUCUUCUGCAGCACUAUUACAUUCAAACCCGCGAUGUUUGCUUUUCACAACUACACGUUGUUCUUAAGACUUAUUUGAAAAUAUGGGACUCAAUAAAUUCCAACAUGUUUACGUCAAUAUUAACAGAUACAUGAAUCAUAUGUCUUUACAACCUCUCAUGGGGAACACAUCUGAACUAACAAUCUACAAAGACGUUAACGGGAUUUGGGAACAUACGAUGACAAACAAAACCAGAUGACCAACUCUCAUAUCAUAGGUUACCGUUCCAUGGUACUGUUAUUUCCAACACAAUUUGCAUAACAGUAGUCGUGACGAGGUCGUACUUAUAAGAUAAAAGGUACACAAUAUUGGAUGCAAAUAUCAAUUCCACAUCAUUGUAUUUGUUCCAAAUGGACCAACGAUAAAUAUUUCCAUGACGCAUUACUAUGACAUUCUUUCCUCUGAUCAUCAUUUAUAGAAAUGUCUGUAUUUGUAAACGUCAACAAUGUGCACCAUGACUAUUGGGCGUCUGUGUUGUAGAGGAAAUGUUCAUUCACAUCACACGAGGGACCCAUUUAAUAUUCUGGGAGGGAGUUAGGGAAGGGGCUGACAUUUUUGUUAGAGAAACGAUAUCUUUUCGGUCACUGCUUCAGAACACGUAAUCCUUUUCUGCCGAAGGAGUCGAACAUUUUAUUUUUCAACGAACAUUUUUCUUGUGUAUAAAAGCCGAGGACAACUUAUUUUUAUGUGAAUCAUUAAAGGUUUUCCAAAAUAUUCCACCCCCCUCCAGAAUAUUAAGUGGUCGGCACCUAGGCAUGUAUGUGUUCGUAGGUAAAAUGUAUAUAAAUGUUGCAUCCAUAGACAUAUUAUACACAUGUAAGUUUACACCAUUUAAAGUACUAAGCAUUAUCUCCAUGCGCUUUUGAAAAUAUUCAGGUUUACAAACUCCAUCCUUAUCACGGUACACGAUACUUUUAUCACACUUCGUACAUAACUAGUAUAUUGACAACUGAUAUAGUCAUUUCAAUCCACUCACACAGUCCCUUCUGUUAAAGGAAGUCAUCUUUGACGAACCCUCUAGCCAGUGAUUGUAGAAAGCGCUCGUAAAAUAUAUAAUUUGUUUGCCCAGAAUGGGAGAAUAUUAUACGAUACUAACUAUACCAAGCAUGACUUCGACUGUUGUUGUCUCAUAUUUUUUGUGUUAAUGAGUGUAUAUUGUGUACAUUGUUUGGUGUAAAACUUUACUCCACUUUUUGAAUGCAUUAUAGAAUUUCGUUUUACAUACUCAAGAUUUAUUGCUGCAUUUUGCCUCAUCGUUGUUUCAAACUUUUUGGCUGUUAAAAAUGCCAAUCAUAAUGAAAGGUAUCACUUCGUCUUCGUUUAAUAGGCUCAUACAUGUACACCGGGAUAUCUUCUUUGGUAUUUCAAGGCUUCUACGCGAAACGAUUUUAGUCGUAUGUCAACACAACUCGUUAACCUUUUGGGGAAUUAAGAAUAAGUGGAUUCCUUCAUUAUGAGAAAAGUUGUGGGUUGGGGUGGGGCUUUUUCGCUUGAUCUGAAGCUUUAUUUCAGAUGAUACAAAAUAUUGUAUAUUAACAGUGUAUGACCCUUGGUGGUUCAAACCUUAUUGUUUGGUGCUAUUUGGUGGCUGUAAAUGUACAUUUUGUCACAUCUUGGUUUAUUAUGACUGUUUACACCUGCUGAGUACUGACAUAAUUAAACUGUUAAAUAAAGUGCUAACUUUCUUCACA